AUGAAUGCAACUAAGAACGAAAUUUUGGAAUGGUUGGAGAGCGAGGAGUCAAAACGACUUCUACCCGGUGCAAUCUUAUACGGAGUCCUAGCAUUUUUCGGACUUGCCGGAAAUUCUCUCGUAAUCCACGUGUAUCGAAAAAGCUACCAAGAAUCAAACUUCAGCCUUUUCAUCAUUGGAGUAGCUGCGAUUGAUCUUUUCGGUUGUGUUUGGUCGAUUCCAGCCGAUAUUGUGCUUUUAUUUGAACAAUACACGUUCAACAAAGUUUGGGUCUGUAAAGUUGCACGUUUUAGCACAACGUUCGGAACAACCUCUUCAGCUUUUGUUCUAUUCUGCAUUUCUGUGGACCGAUACAGGAAAGUGUGUAAACCAUUUGAUUCACAGAUCAGUAUAACACAAGCAAAACUGUUGUAUGGCCUUUCGUUAACUAUCGGACUCUUUGUGUCAUGGCCAACGUUUUUUGUAUACGGCAAAAAGACGUUUAUGGUUUAUGAGUUUGAAAGAAACGUGACGGCGUCGGAAUGUUCAACGGUUGAUGAAAUGACGAAAUCAAGUAUUCCUUUUAUUUACUUGGCUUUUUACGGGGUGCUGUGCGUGUCAGAGUCGCUGACGGUGCUUAUUCUUUAUUGUCUAAUUGGAUUCAAAGUGAAAAAGACAGGAAAGGCGCUUCACCGAUAUCAGUCGAAAAAGCAAAAAGCCGACGGAAAAUGUGAAGAUGAAAAUAGAAACGAUGAACUGAAUAUGAACGGUCAGAGAAAUGGCCUACCCAAAAAGAUAAACCAUUUGAGUAUUAUCUCUGGAAGUAACAAACGGACGUACUAUUCUGAAGGGAAGCCGAAGCCUGGUACCCGUUCUAGGAACACAACGUUCGUCAUGUUUUUGGUCUCCCUGUCGUUCAAUCUGAGUUAUCUUCCCCAUAUCACCAUCAUGGUUCUUCGAGGUCUCUUUCCGGAAUAUAUAGAGUCACUCUCGCUCGAAGGACGAGCGGCGUACAAAAUUAUAAUCAGGUCGUUCUUCUUAAAUUGUGCGAUGAAUCCUCUGAUAUACGCUUUCUUUAGUCCAAGCUUUCGUCUCAAAGUAAUCGAAAUCCUUCGCCGAAACUAG